AUGGAUUCCGCAGACGAAAAAGCGAAUGCUUUACGUCUUCAAAUAGCUGAGACUGAGACUGAGCUUGCUUGUCUAAAAUUACAACUUUUGAAUAUUGAAGAAAAGACCGAUGGCCCAGAAACUAUAGGGAUAAACGCCUCUUCAGAAAAAGAAAAAGAUGGUCUCGUGACGAAUGAUCAGAGUAAAUGGCCUAUGAGUUUGGAGGAAUACAAACGAUAUGGAAGACAGAUGAUUGUACCUGAUAUUGGCAUCCAAGGACAAUUACGAUUGAGAUCCGCCUCCGUUCUCCUAGUUGGAGCUGGAGGUUUGGGUUGUCCGGCUGCUGCAUAUAUUGCCGGCGCAGGAGUGGGAACUAUUGGGAUUGUCGAUGGGGAUAUUAUAGAAGAAUCGAAUUUGCAUCGUCAGAUAUUGCAUCGUACGGAUAAAGUGGGGGUCAAUAAAGCUGUUAGUAUUGCUCAAUAUGUAUCCGGUCUGAAUUCAAAUGUAAAGACCAAUAUCUACGAAACGCAUCUCACGCCCCAAAAUGCACAGGAUAUAGUCAAAGAUUAUGAUCUCGUCCUCGAUUGUACCGAUCAUCCCACAUCCCGCUAUCUCAUAUCAGAUAUCUGUGUUCUUCUCCAAAAACCCCUGGUCUCCGCCUCCGCACUCCGAACAGAUGGUCAACUAAUCGUAUUGAACAAUCCCGCGCUGCCUCCUGGUGAUCUCUCGGGUGGUCCCUGUUACCGCUGUGUCUUUCCCAAACCGCCGCCGCCAGAAGCGGUAACUAGCUGUGGCGAUGGAGGUAUUAUCGGGCCUGUGGUGGGUGUCAUGGGUGUUUUACAAGCUUUGGAGGCGGUAAAACUCAUUGCAUCUGGAAAAUUGGAUGCGGUUGGUGAAAAUGGCAAUAUAAAUCCUACGUCUAAGACGAAUCCUACGACGAAUCCGACUACCAUGUUGUUAUUCUCUACAAAUGGAACAUCGCCAUUUAGAAAUGUUCGAUUGAGAGGUAGAAGAUCGAAUUGUUUCGCCUGUGGAGAAGAAGCUCAAUUGUCACUCGAGCAGUUAAAGUCCGGUUCUAUGGAUUAUGUCUUAUUCUGCGGUAUCACAAAUCCAGUCACAUUAUUGAGCAACGAAGAGAGAAUCGAAGCGAGAGAGUACGAGGAAUCGACAAGGAAGAAAGAAAAAGAUCACUUGUUGAUUGAUGUUCGGGAGAAGGUGCAAUUCGAUAUAUGCAAUAUUGAGGGGUCUCAUAAUAUACCGUUCUCGUCAUUACAAGGAAAUAAAAAGGAUGAGGAUUCCCCGCUAUCAUGGCUCACCAAUAAUCUGCACCCGAAAACUCCGAUAUAUAUCGUUUGUAGACUUGGUAAUGACUCUCAGUUGGCAACGAGAAAAAUGAAGGAAAUGGGACUGGAUCUAAAAGGCGACAGAUUCAUUGGAGAUAUUAAGGGGGGUCUAAGAUCUUGGAAAGAACAAGUAGAUGAUUCUUGGCCGGAAUACUAG